GUUGGCGGUGAGGAGAUGGACGGGGCUGCUAUAGGAUCAGUCGAAGACAAUCCAGACGUUGAUGACGAAGUCUCCUCCGACGCUGGUAAUAGUGCCGGCUCUGGCACAGGAGCUCUUGGCAGUAUACUGUAUGCAGAGGAGUUCGCAUUGGAAGACAGACCCCAGUCAUCUGGAGGUGACGCGAGGUAUCUUCGCUCGCCGGCGCGUUCUUCUGACAUCGUCCUGGUCGCCUCAGCACCAACUACCAACAGCACAUCGUUAGAGAUAGUCGUUUCCGCUGCCAUGGCUGUCGGAGACAGAGAAGGUGUAGAAGACUCCUGAGAACCAUGCAUGUCUAGUCCCGUCUUCGAACCCGUUUGGAAGGCCAGAUCUUCUACAUCCAUAUUAUCCGACAAGGAUGUCUGAUCCGGGUUCCACAUACUGAUCCCUCGCGACAUCAUCAUCUCAGUACUCCUAUCAAGCUCUUGAUAUCCGCCAUUUUGUGCAAGGAUCCCAGUCCACCCAGCACGGCUAAGGAGCGCGGAUAAGGAACCAUGAGCCGGGGGGGUAGACUCCGAGCUCGCUGGUUGUGACAGGGUAUAUGUUUGAUUCGUCUGUACUGUGAGGGACGCCGAGUGAAUGAUUGAAGUAGAAGCAGAGAGGGAGAGCUUCAAUGGUAGCGCAGCCGGAGGGCCA